AUGCCCUGUCUCCUCCGUUUUCCAUGUAAAUUUGGAUCUUUGUUGAGGAAUUCAAGUAUCAGGGGCACAGCUGACGUCGUAAAUACUUUAAGUAUUGGACAAAAACUCAAAGAAACUCGUAAAAAGAUUCUCCUUGGAGGUGGUGAAAGGCGUGUAGAAGCUCAACAUAAACGUGGAAAACUCACAGCUCGGGAACGCAUUGAACUACUGGCAGAUGCUGAAAGUUUUGUCGAAUACGACGCUUUCGUAGAGCAUGACUGUCAUCACUUUGGUAUGGAGAUGCAAAAAGUUCCUUGUGAUAGUGUCGUCACUGGUCGUUGUCGAGUCAAUGGACGUACAGUUUAUUUAUUUAGCCAGGAUUUCACUGUUUUUGGUGGUAGCUUAAGUCUUGUUCAUUCUCGGAAAAUAUGUAAAAUCAUGGACCAAGCAAUAUUAGUUGGCGCCCCAGUCAUUGGGUUGAAUGACUCUGGUGGUGCUCGUAUUCAAGAAGGUGUCGCCUCUCUGGCAGGUUACGCUGACAUUUUUCAUCGCAACGUGAAUGCUUCAGGCGUGAUUCCACAGAUAUCUCUUAUUUUGGGUCCGUGUGCUGGUGGUGCUGUGUACUCGCCUGCACUAACCGACUUCAUUUUUAUGGUUCAAGAUACGUCCUACCUUUUCAUAACUGGGCCAGACGUUGUAAAAUCUGUCACAAAUGAGAACGUUUCGCAGGAGGAACUUGGAGGAGCCAGAAUGCAUACAACAGUAUCUGGUGUGGCUCAUCGAGCAUUUGAGAACGAAAUAGAAGCAUUGUUAUCACUUCGCAAAUUUUUGACGUUUUACCUGAUUCCUUCUGAACCUACGCUUGCUUACGAUAUGACAGACGUUAUUCAGAGUAUAAUAGAUGAAGGUGAUUUUUUCGAAAUUAUGCCGUCAUAUGCCAAAAAUGUUAUAGUUGGUUUCGCAAGAAUGGGCGGUCAGAGCGUCGGUAUCGUCGCCAACCAACCAAAAGUUUCUGCAGGUUGUUUGGACAUAAAUGCUUCUGUCAAGGCUGCUCGUUUUGUUAGAUUCUGUGAUGCAUUUAAUAUUCCUCUGAUAACUUUAGUCGAUGUUCCAGGUUUUCUUCCUGGUACUACCCAAGAAUAUGGAGGCAUAAUAAGACAUGGCGCAAAACUGAUAUUUGCCUAUGCUGAGGCCGUUGUUCCAAAAAUUACUGUUAUUACCAGAAAGUCGUAUGGUGGUGCUUACUGUGUUAUGAGUUCAAAGCAUUUACGUGGAGACAUAAAUUACGCGUGGCCAACUGCUGAGGUUGCAGUUAUGGGGGCAAAAGGAGCUGUCCAAAUUCUUUUUCGGGGAAAAGCAAAUCAAAUUCAGGCUGAACAAGAUUAUAUGAAGACCUUUGCUAAUCCAUUUCCUGCAGCUAGUCGUGGUUAUGUUGAUGACAUAAUAUACCCUCAACUUACACGAAUUCGCAUCUGCAAUGACUUGAAAUUACUGUCCACUAAAGAGUUGGAGAAUCCCUGGAAGAAGAAACAUUCGAAUAUGCCUCUUUGA